AUGGCGAGUUGCAGGAGCAGCGUGGAGAAAGCAGCGUUUUUGUGCUGCUUCUUGCUGGCAAUGGGGAGCCUAACCUCCUGCGCCCGGCCGGAGGAGGAGGAAGAGCAAGAAGAGCAGCGCUCCUGUCACGGUGCCUUUGAUCUCUACUUCGUCCUGGAUAAGUCUGGAAGUGUCAGAAAUCAUUGGACAGAGAUUUACUCUUUUGUGGAGAGUCUAGCUGAGAAGUUCAUAAGUCCAAUGUUGCGGAUGUCUUUCAUCGUUUUUUCUUCACGAGGCACUACAGUCAUGAAACUAACAGAAAACAGGGAAGCCAUAAGACGAGGGCUCGAUAUUCUUCAGUAUGAAGUGCCUGGAGGAGACACAUUCAUGCAUGAAGGAUUUAAAAGGGCAAAUGAGCAGAUUUACCACGAAACUUAUGGAGGAGUUCGGACCGCUAGUGUGAUUAUUGCUCUGACGGAUGGAGAAUUGCGAGACGUUCAGUUUUAUUAUGCAGAACAAGAAGCCAACAGAGCCAGAAGCUUUGGAGCUAUUGUUUACUGUGUUGGAGUGAAAGAUUUCAAUGAAACUCAGCUGUCAACAAUUGCUGACAGCAUCGAUCAUGUUUUUCCAGUUACAGGAGGCUUUUAUGCCCUAAGAGGAACCAUUGAUUCAAUUCUCAAGAAAUCUUGCAUUGAGAUCCUAGCGGCUGAACCAUCGAGCGUUUGUGCGGGAGAAUCAUUUCAAGUUGUGGUAAGAGGCAACGGCUUUUAUCAUGCAAGAAAUAUCGACCAGGUACUCUGCAGCUUCAAGCUCAACGACAGCCUUACUAUCAAUGAAAAGCCGACCCUUGUUCAUGAUACGUACUUACUUUGUCCUGCCCCAGUGAUAGAAGAUGCUGGACAGGUGGUUUUCCUCCAAGUCAGCAUGAACAACGGGCUAACGUUCAUCUCCAGCUCUGUCAGCAUCACCAGCACACAGUGUCUGACUGGGACCAUCCUUUUCAUUGCUCUCCUGAUUCUCUUUCUGCUGAUGGCUCUGGCUCUUCUGUGGUGGUUCUGGCCCCUUUGCUGUACAGUGGUGAUCAAGGAGCCGCCGCCACCACCACCUCCAGAGCCUGAAUCAGAUGAUGAAGAUGGAUUGCCAAAGAAAAAGUGGCCAACCGUGGAUGCAUCUUAUUAUGGAGGUCGAGGUGUUGGUGGGAUUAAGAGGAUGGAGGUGCGAUGGGGAGACAAGGGGUCAACAGAGGAAGGAGCAAAACUGGAGAAGCCCAAAAAUGCUAUUAUUAAGUUGCCAGAACAGGAGUAUGAGCCAUGGGAACCCAAGCCAAAAAAGCCCCAUGUGAGAAAACCACCUUCCCAGCGGAAAUGGUACACUCCGAUCAAGGGCAAACUUGAUGCACUGUGGGCUUUGGUUCGACGAGGCUAUGAUCAAGUCUCUCUUAUGAGACCACAGCCAGGGGAUAAGGGACGAUGCAUAAACUUCACACGGGUGAAAUCGGAUGGAACCUCUGCCCCUUAUAGCCCACCACCAAAGCUGCCACGGCGUGACGAUGUUCCUCUCAACAAUGCUCCAAGGAAUCCUUCUCCUCCUGUGUCUCUGCAGCCCCCUUCCAGGCAGCCACCUCCUGGACCACCACCAUCCCGAGCUCCUCCUGGACCUCCUCCUUCACGCCCACCCCCGCAGCCCAUGGCUUAG